CGCGCUAUCGAUCAUGGACACAACAUACACUGGUGACAACGCCGGCGCAGCUGGAACCAUGCAUAUGCAAUUGGAGGCAGCAGGGGAUGUGGUCCUGGUAGUCGGCGAACCUCCAGUCUACGCCAUCAUGGUGUCCUCUGACAGGCUGGCGCGCCUCUCUCCGGUCUUCGAAGCUAUGCUGAGUCCUGUCUUCCGUGAACGCCUUGCGGGCCAGCGCUCCCUCGAGCCGGAGGAGUUCUAUCUGCGCGACGACGACGUGGACGCGAUGCUCCACAUCUGCCUCAUGCUCUACAACCAUCAACCCCAAAACCAGCCACUCAAGGGAUCGGCCAUCCACGGCUUGCUGAAAACGAUGGAGAAAUACCAUUGCCGUGACGCUUUCGCGAUGCAGGUGAACGACAUGGUGCGCCAUCAACUCGAGCAAGACACGCCGACCUGGGAGAGCGCGAUUCUCAACACCGCCAUCGCCUACCUGGCCGACGACGUGGCGCAAUUCAAAGCACACACCAGCCGCCUCAUCACCGCCUUCACCAUCAAGUUCCUGUCCACGCGCGAGUUCGAAGGCGGCGACACGCUCCCGCUCGACGCGCUAAUCGUCAUGUUCGACAAGCGCCAGAUCGCCAGGAGGAUGAUCUUGCACAAGUUGCCGAGGGCGUGCGUCAACGAUGGCUCGACGCUGGAAGGGGUGUGUGGGGGCCAGGUCGAGUUGAGAAUCAUCGACCAGUCUAACAACAUCGAUGAGGUGUUUCGGGCCAUGGAGGUUAUGCCUGCGCAGUCGCAUGUCGGCGCGCUGUACCCUGAGGUCAAGCAGGAGUGCAGUGGGCUGUGCCUCAAGUGCGUCAAACAAGGCUUGAUCAUCAGGAAGGGGGAAACGUGUGGGAGCUGCCCCGGGGAUUGAGACUUUCGACUGUUGUGCGGAGGGAGGGCUGGUCUUGAAGUGAACGCGGAGAAAGGACGUGAGUGAGGCGAGGUAGGGAGCUGCCCGGAAUUCUAUCACGUGAAAUCAACUUCUUUCAUGUGACUCUCACC